AUGUUUAUUCGUGGCUCAUCUCCUGCUAUUUCAGAAAAUGAGUACGAUAUAACUGAGGCACUAGCAAUAUCUGGUGCAGAUUUGGGAGAUGCGGAAUCCGCCGUUAAAAAUAUUGGAACACUCGAUGCCAGCCAUAUCUUUGAUCUUGGGAUUGACAGCGAUGGCGAAGGGGACGGCAUGUUCAUUGCGGCAAAACAAGCUGCUUCAAAUAGAAAGAUUUCUCUUGCAAAAAGCAAAAGUAGCAAGAAGAGCGGAGGCUUUCAAUCAAUGGGACUUAGUUUACAUCUUCUAAAGGCUAUCAGUAGAAAAGGCUUCUCAGUUCCUACACCUAUUCAAAGAAAGUCGAUCCCUCUUAUUCUUGAAAACCAAGAUGUCGUUGGAAUGGCUCGCACAGGCUCAGGCAAGACUGCAGCUUUUGUUAUUCCCAUGAUACACAAGUUAAAGGCACACAGUACGCGGGUCGGUGCCAGGGCUCUAAUUCUAUCACCCUCUCGAGAACUCGCUCUUCAAACUCUAAAAGUAGUCAAGGAACUCGGAAAAGGAACCGAUCUAAAGUGUGUUCUACUAGUUGGAGGUGACAGCCUGGAAGAACAAUUCGCAUCAAUGGCAACAAAUCCAGAUAUAAUUAUUGCGACACCCGGUCGCUUUCUACAUCUUAAAGUUGAGAUGUCCCUGGAUCUUUCCUCGGUGAAGUAUGUGGUAUUUGAUGAAGCUGAUCGCUUGUUCGAAAUGGGAUUUUCAACACAACUCACUGAAAUAUUAUAUGCCUUACCUAGCUCAAGACAAACCCUUCUCUUCUCAGCUACAUUACCCAAGUCACUCGUUGAAUUCGCCCGGGCCGGGCUUCAGGAGCCUAGUCUCGUUCGCCUUGAUGCUGAAAGUAAGGUCUCUCCUGAUCUUGAGAACGCAUUUUUUUUCGUUAAAAGUGCUGAGAAAGAGGGCGCGCUGCUCUACAUUCUGAGUAGUCUAAUAAAGAUGCCGACUGGUCAGCCAAAAGUUCAUGUAAAUACUGAAGGAGAGAAUAAGAAGCGAAAAAGGAGCGAUGAAAGCGGAUCGAGAAGAAAGCCUACGGAGCACUCGACAAUAAUAUUUGCGGCAACUAAGCAUCAUGUUGAUUACCUAGCCUCGCUGCUACGCCUCGCUGGCUACGCUGUUUCUCAUGCCUAUGGAGCUUUGGACCAGGUUGCUAGGAAUACUCAGGUUGAAGACUUUCGGACUGGUGUAACUAAUAUACUUGUCGUCACAGAUGUAGCUGCUAGAGGUAUAGAUAUUCCUAUUUUGGCAAACGUUGUUAAUUACGACUUUCCAUCCCAACCGAAAAUUUUUGUCCAUCGAGUAGGUCGUACUGCAAGAGCUGGCCAACGAGGAUGGAGCUUUAGUCUUGUGCGAGAUACGGAUGUUCCAUAUCUCCUUGAUCUACAACUUUUUCUCGGUAGAAGACUACUAGUUGGCGAAUGCAGUGACUCUUCGCCAAAAUACAAUGAAGAUGUUGUCGUUGGUGCUCUACCUAGAGAAGGUCUAGAAGGUGAUACUGAAUGGGUCACCAAAAUAACUCGAGAAAGCGAUGAUUUGGCAGCACUCAAAUCUGUUGCUGUCAAAGGAGAGAAACUCUACAUAAAAACCAGAAACUCAGCAUCAAGUGAAAGCGUCAAGAGAGCCAAAGAAAUUAUCGAUUCACCAGGCUGGUCACAACAAAAUAUUCUUACCUUGAAUGAGAAGAGCAGUCUAGAACAAGCCCGUUCGGACAUGCUUGCCCGCAUUAGCGGCUUUAGACCACAAGAAACUAUAUUUGAAGUUGGUCCUAAGGGCAAGGCUGGAAAUUGCGAAUUCUCUGAUAUGAUGAAAUGUAGACGGAAAAAGAUUAUACCACGGAGGCAUAAAGAGGAGGAUAAAAAAUUGGCAGCAACGGAUCAUAUAGCUACGUUUAGUGACGAUGAUAACCCCCAGAGGACCAAGGUGAACGGGGACGAAGACUUAGAAUUGGAUGAUGCUUCGGAAGAUGAAAUCGAGAUCACAUUUUCAAAAGUUCGACAAAAGGGCAAAGGGCGGUCACUUUUGUGGAAAGAUACCGAGAACUUUAUGUCAUACACACCGAAGACUGUCAACGUAGCAGAAGAACGAGGUUACGGAGUGCACUCAGGGCAAGACAACAAUUUUAUGGAGGCUGCAAGAAAUGUCGUUAUGGACUUGAACAACGAUGAUGGUGGUAAAUCCUUUGCGGAGCCGUCUCGGACCAAAGGAAUGCGAUGGGACAAAAAGAACAGCAAGUAUGUCAUGCGUGCCAACGAUGAGGAUGGUUCGAAAGGAGCCAAGAUGGUUCGAGGGGAGAGUGGCCAAAAAAUUGCGGCCAGCUUCCAGAGUGGCCGCUUUGAUCGCUGGCGUAAAGCCAAUAGACUCGAUCGUCCAUCGCGGACAGGUGAGGCUGAAAAACCUUCAACCCUCAAUACAGGUCGUGGGCAUGGUACCGGCGCGCGCUACCGGCAUCGCCAAGAAAAGGCGCCAAAAGAAGCCGAUCGUUAUCGGGACGACUACCAUGUGCGCAAGAAGCGGGUGGCCGAAGCCCAAGAGAAGAGGGUGGGGAAGUGGAAGGAUGGCGCAGGCAAGGGAGAGACACGUACACCAGAUCAAAUACACCGUGAGCGCAAGUUGGCUGAACGCAAGAAGGCCAAGAAUGCUCGGCCAAGUCGAAAGGGCCGCAGCUAG